CUUCUCUGCAGAACUACUGCCACUCGUAGUAACAUUAUCGCAAGAGCAACAUUCAGGCAACCAGCUCCUUGAAACAUCUGCGCUCCUCCUUCAGCACCACUUCCUAAUUUUACUGUGAACCUUUCUCAUAGCAUCAAAGGCAGCACCUCUGCACCCUGCGCCCUGCGGGAUCAAGGGCACGAGGAGAUUCCAGGUGCUGGCCAGAGGUUGCAAUGGAGCCUCUGCUGCAUGUCUUCAUUAUAGUGGCUGUAUGUGCAGCACAUGCUUGUGGAUUCACACAGCAAGGAGACGUGCGGUCAGAUACAGGCCCCCUCCCCGCCCCCAGGCCAGCGGCAGGAAGUCGGCCCCCCUCGGAGGCUGCAGCCUCGGGGAGCCACACAGCUACUCGCUCGGCCGAGCAGGAAACGCCUCCAGCAGCCGGGCAUCCCCCCGUCUCCAGCCAGAGCCCCGUACCCCCCCUCUCCUCCGCGGGAGCCACUCUCAGCCCCCGCCCAGCCGCACCCCUGACAGGCGACUACACCGUCACCGACAGCAAGCACCAAGUGUGCAUUAAGGCACGCCUGGGAGCACAGUUCAUGGUGAAAAAGAACAAGAAAACUGCCUAUUUUAACAUCAGCCCCACCUCCACACAAGCACAAGGACAAUGUGGGCAAAGCACAGCCUGGCUCUUACUGAGCUUUAGUGAGGGCUUCGUUAAUUUCACAUUUGUCAAGGAAGGAAGUAUUUCUUAUGUUGAUGAAAUAAGAGCCAGUCUGCACCCAACAGCUACUUGUGUUUCAUGCACAAUUCCAGGUGAGGAAUACACUGGUAAAAUUGUCAAUGUGAAGCUAUUUAAAACCGCAGAUGGACAUGCCUAUACAUGCAACAGUCAGUAUGAAGUCUUUCUAGCUGAGAAUCUCAGCCUGAGGAUUGUCAACACUCAGAUGCAGGCAUUUAACAUCACUAAUGGGAGAUUUGGACAAGAGGAAGAGUGCUCCGCUGACUGGAAAAGAAGAACGAUUCCCAUCAUCUUGGUGGCCACUGUGGUUGGGCUGAGCCUGAUUGUCAUUCUGUCCUGCUUGAUUAUUCGGGAACAUGACCGAGGGCGCUAUGAAAGGAUUUAAUAUAUACUAUCCAAAAUUCUUAAUAUUCCAAAAAGGCUAAAGACAUAAUAUAUGAAAUUGUAAACUUACUUUUUUAAUUUGAUUUCCAUUCUUCUAAUAGGCACUCUAACUGCCUACCUGUGCUAUUACCACUGAGUUUGAACUUGAACUUUAUUGCCAUAUGUAACCAGUACAUGUACUGGUACAAUGGAAUUCUUACUUA